AUGUCUUGCACGCACGUUAUUCAAGCCGCUACCCAAGAACGCAAAAGACAGAAGGCGGCACAACAUACAAAGUCUAGAACAGCCGCGGCGUCCCCAACGCCAGGGCAGGGGACGCCACAGCAAAGCCCAUCUCGACGGACGUCCUUCAACGGAACGACGAUUGCAAUAGGUUCACCGGCCCCUACACAUCAGUCCUUGGAGUCUGGAUCGUCUGGGAUGGUGGAGGCCAUUGGCUCCCGUCAAAGCUCCCCAGGCUCAACUUCGACAACUUCGACAGUGCAGUUGAUAGCAUGGCUGCUUGCGCCGGAUGGCGAGGCGUCUACGCCGCAUUCGCAGGGGUUGUCAGGCUGGCGUGGUCGACAAGGCCAGUCCAUGCCAGCGUCCGAGUCGAUCACUGGCGAGCUCUCCCCAGUGGACCAACUGCUUGUGGAGGAUUACAUGCGCAACGAAUUUGCACUGGACCUAACUGAGACUUAUUUCCAAAUUGUUCACAUCCGCAUCCCUUUGCUGAAUCCUGACCUCUUCCGGGCCCGUCUCCGUGCCUCGGUUCCCUCUACCUCCCUUCCCAUACCACCAGGCUAUUCUUCGAUUGCGGAAGCGCUCGGACCUCCCUCGCCCGCUCUGCUUGCCACCCUGAUGGCCUGCGGAGCUAAGUUCUCCGAUCACCAUCUCAUGCAAUUGGAUCGAGAGACGAACGGAGGCAGCAGCCGCAUUCAAUCCCGUCUCCUUGAGCGAGCCGUGGAGAUUGCCGAAGCCGAGAAGGUAUUCCGCACUGCGACUCUUGAGAACGUAACCCUUUCUAUGAUACUGGAGGGGAUGGAUCCAUUAACCUUAGGACGACCCGACCGGCCUGACGGCCCAGGUGGGUUUUGGUUGAAAGUGGCCGCUGACCACAUCUUUGCCCUUGGAUAUAACAAGGAUUCAGUCGUUUCGGCAAUUCCUGAUGUAGAAACUAAAGGACGUGCCUACUUCGCUUGGUGGAUAACAUAUCUCACAGAUGCCUAUUCAGCGGCCUUCUUCCGGAGAAAACCUGCUUUGAGUGACCAUGAUCACAGCCAUGCGCCUCCUGUUGCCAUUGACACAACUCAAUACAGCGAUCAUUCGGAGUUUGCAAUCUGGCUAUCGGCAGUUUAUGAUCUUGCGGUUGCGGCCCGGAAGCUCGCUGUGACUGCCUUCUCCGCUCGAUCACAGACCCGUGGCAUUGUGGCAACAGAGCUCCGUGAGGUAGCAGCACUUCUAUAUCGCUGGCGGGACAACCACCUUGCUCGGGUUGGUGUUCCUACCACCAUGCAGGUGGACUGGGAUUACCUAAAAGCCAUCACCUGCUGCGUGAGUGAUGCGAACUACCACGUGAUGUGGAUCAUUGGUCACCUCGCAAUACUUGACUUUGAUAUCAGUCCGGGCGGGUCCAACGUCGCUCAACCCAAUACCCCCCCGGUGGAUACAGAUUCCACCCGUCUUGUGCAGGACUUGAAAGCGGAAUUUGCAUACGAGGCUCUGCAUGCUGCCACACGCAUUUCAGCGCUUACAAGUUUGCUCACGUCCCACGGCUACCUUAGACUGGACUACAACGUGCUCCAUUAUGCCAUUUAUGCGGCUGGUCUAACUCUGGCCCGGGAAGGAGCACCGGAGACGGUCAAUUGCAUCGCAGGGCUGCGCCAGUAUAGCUCAGCAUAUCCGGAUGCUGGACCCGAAGCAGAUCAUAUAUCAACAAUUUUUGCUCAGACGACGAUGACACAGCACCAGACUUCUGCUCGUCACGCAACUGGCCUACAAUUUAUGCCCUUGAACACCACCACUGUCUCUUCCCUGCCCCCCUUACGCUCAGCUGAAUCCACCGCCAUUGAUCUAAACGACCCAGUCAUGAGCGGUCCCUCCCUAGGUCUGAAUUCGGAAAUUGGUGCGAAUCACCAAUCCAGCUCUUUGCCCUCUGCUCCAUUCCUUGACUUCGGACCAAACGUUUCUCUCCUUCAGCCACCUGAUCUUGCCAGUGCGGUUGCAGAGCCAUUUUUGCGAUUGGGACUGUCCGUCGCUCCUUCAACACAAACACAACGUGGCCAGGCGUCGAUCAAUGACGCCAGCACUACCACCCAACGGCUGCAAGACGAGAUAAUGGAAGGAGAUGUGCCGGAACAUCUCACUAACGACGCUUUCGAUCAUUUGCUUUUCGAAUAG